AAAGUAUUUAAAUUUUCAAUUAAAAAAAAGAGGUUAAACUGCAGAAUACGACUCUUUCUUGAAGUUAGUUGUAGAUUGGAAUUGCAGGAAAGUAUCCUGUCAGAAUGUCCACCCAGCAGCCAAAUAAAGAAAAGAGAGAAUUUACAUUGUUUCGACCAGGGGUGUUGCGAAUAUUCGCAUCCGCAUCCGCAAAUGCGGAACAUCCGCAUUGAUUUAGACAUCUGCAUCUGCAUCCGCAUCCGCAUAAAUCAAUGCGGAUCUUUUAUGCGGAUGCGAAUAUGGAGCAAGUCGUAACACGACAAGAAAAUGGGCAGGGUCAGAGUGCCGCGUGCCGCGCACGUAUUUGCUAUUGCUAAUUGCAACUUUCUUUCGCUGACUGACCAAUCGGAAGGCACGUGCUGGUGACAAGAUUCAACAAGUUUGUUUGUUUUAUUUCAUCGACUUAAUUCCUAUUGCAAAUCAAUCACAACGUUUGUUUACUGUGUUUAACCAAGUUUAUUGUGUGUUCAAUGAAUAUUUGGCCGUAAAUAUUUUGAAAAAGUGAAUUAAAAAUGUCGCCAUCGACACUAAACAAUAUCUGGACUUAUUUUAAAUUAGACGAAAGUAAUCGGGAUAAGUCCCGGUGCAAAAUAUGUAAUAAAAGUUACUGGCGAAAGGGAUGUACCACAACUUCUUUGAAAAAUCAUCUGAAAUCGAGGCACACAAAAGAGUUUUGUUUGUUCGAAAGCUCGAAUAACGAAAAACAAUUGAAGAAGAAAAAAGAUGAUGCAGAUAAAAUUCUUACUCCAUUACAAGAAGCAAGGAAACAGCUUUCGCUAGAGGAAGUAUUUCAAAAAGGAAAAAAAUGGGAUACGAAAAUCCGAAUUCGAAAAAGAGGAUGCAACUUUUUUUACCGAUUUUGUGUGCAAGGAACUGUAUGGAAAAGUUGCUCACAAAGUUAAAAAACUGAUGGAAAAAUAUGAUUAUAUGUCGUUUACUACUGACAUUGGAC